UGCGAAAACAAAACACCUGCUUUCGAAGAAUAUUUCUUAUGCCAUUUGCAGCUUGACCUUGUACCUUUUCUAACUGAAGUGCUAGCUUGCAAGUAAGAAGCUGUGUCUCCAGAAUGGAAGACCAAUAUGAUGCUUGUUUCGAUGCCGCUGUGGAAAUAGCCCGCAAGGCUGGCGAGAUGAUUCGAGAGGCUUUUCACAAGCCCAAAUGCAUAACUGCAAAAGGCUGUGCAACAGAUUUGGUGACUGAAACUGACGAAGCCGUGGAGAAAAUGAUCAUUGGGCACUUGAGAGAACGCUUCCCAGAUCACAAUUUUAUUGGGGAGGAAUCCACAGCGGCUGGAGCUCGCUGUGUGUUUGACGAACGACCUACAUGGAUGAUAGAUCCUGUUGAUGGUACAACUAAUUUCGUUCACAGAUUCCCAUAUGUGGCAGUGUCUAUCGGGUUUCUGGCGAAGAAGGAGUUUGUGUUUGGUGUUAUUUACAAUGCACCACAAGACAUAAUGUACACCGGGCGAACUGGCAAGGGUGCCUUCCGUAAUGGUGAGGCAAUAAGUGCAUCAGGCGUGCAACAGCUCAAUCAGUCACUUGUCCUUCUGGAGAUUGGGUCCAGCCGGGAGGCAGAGCAUUUGGAUGAGAAAGUGCGCAACUAUCACAACCUGGCAAAGCACCCGGUGCGCAGCAUUCGCUCGCUGGGCUCUGCCGCACUGAACAUGUGUGCGGUUGCCAGCGGGGAGGGUGAAGCGUAUUGUGAGACCGGCAUGCACUGCUGGGAUGUUGCCGCUGGCACUGUCAUCCUGCGUGAGGCCGGAGGUUACGUGUGCGAUCCCGAUGGCACGGAGCUGGACGUCAUGUCCCGACGAUGCCUUGCAACGUGUUCGGAGAACGUAGCCAAGGAGAUGAUCUCAGUGGCCAAGUACAAUGCGCCACUUGCAAGAGAUGAUGCAGCGUAGGAGGACAUUGAAUGUGCAUUGGUAUGUGCUACAUGACAAGACGCCGUACCAAGCUAUUCAUCGCUACCGGAUGUACUCCGAAUAGGAAGUUUGUUAUGGCGUCAAUUGUUUUAGAAACGCCACUGGUUAGAAUGGUCACCAAGUCGACAGAACUGUCCCUUUUUCCAUUCUUUAAAAAAAAUUAUUGUUACCCCCUGUGUCAGAGAAGGCUAGAAUCAUGAAGACCCGGCUGUGCCUUCGAGCUUGCCCAUCGCAAGACCAGGUAUUUAUUUUGGACUGAACAUCUUUCGUGGUGGGAUUAUCACAGCGGUACUGUUUUGUUGCGUGGCCAGUGCGCAGUAUCUACAAGUAGGGUGCCAUUUUGUAAACUACAAGGAGACCAGUAGGAUCCGGUCUGGCUUGGUUUAGAUUGUCUUUAAAAUACAGAAAAAGAACAGAAUUAGUUUGGAUGUUUCUGCACAGCAAUCUAAAUUAAUUGCAAGAAUGAGCUAUGACAUUUUCUUGCUUGGUGACCAUUUUCUGUGCUACGAGUUGUUAGAUGCUGCUCAAGUUGAGCUUCUUAUGUUCUAGCCAAUCUUACUCAAGCUGCUACCUUUCUUCCUCAUUCUUCUUUUUUCUCUUUUACAAAUUAUUAAUUUGAAACUCGGGUAUUGAGCCAAUAAUAAAAGUAGAAAGGAAAAGGACAUAUGGAAACGAG